CCUGGAGAAGUGGAAUCUGGCCGGCGCCGCUCCCUGCGCGGGACUCGCGGAGCCGCACUGGGCAUGCUCAGUCGCCGGAGCCCGUGCUGGUCUCAAGUAGGAAGCUCGCGCGCUGCACCCGCAGCUGAUCCGGGCGCUCCCGGGAGGGCGAGACUGGAGCAGAGCCGCCGGGCGUCGGGGCCGAGGCGAGCGCCGCGCGCACUGCUGGCUGGAGCUGCCGUGGGUGAGCCGCUGCGCGCUGUAGCCAAGCAUGCAGUGGUUGGAUCUGCCCAGUCGUGGAACAGAAACAUCUGCUGGAUGGAAAAUCCAUACAAGAAAGCUCCUGUGAAAAGCCGAGAGACGAACUCAAGCCACAGCAGGUAUAUGUGGGCUGCCUGACCUCCAUGGGUGAUUGCUAUUAAGUAGCAGAGUGGGGGAAGGGGAGUUUGCCUUCCCAGCUUUGUGCCAAAGCCCUGAGAAAAAUUUCAAAUUCUAACCCAUUUCCUGCAUCCCUGCUGGCGCCCAGUGAACCCUAUCAGAAGUCUUUCCAGCUGACUCGGGUGCUGGCACCUUGGCCGUGUUUAUGGCCAGCAGCGGAACCGCAGAGGUCGCAAAUCGGAACAGCGCAGCCACACCGCCCAACACCCUGAACCUCCGCUCCUCCCACAAUGAACUGUUGAACGCCGAAAUCAAGCACUCAGAAACCAAGAACAGCACCCCUCCCAAAUGCAGGAAGAAAUAUGCACUGACUAACAUCCAGGCGGCCAUGGGCCUCUCGGACCCAGCCGCCCAGCCCCUGCUGGGAAAUGGCUCUGCCAACAUGAAGCUGGUGAAGAAUGGGGAGAACCAGCUCCGCAAGGCUGCCGACCAGGGGCAGCAGGACCCCAACAAGAACAUCAGCCCCACGGCCAGCAUCAACAUAACUUCUGAGAAGUUAGAGGGCAAAGAGGCCCCCCCGCAGGAGUCCUCGGCCUGCGAGAUUUUACCCGCCCAGCCCAGGAGAACUAAGAGCUUCCUAAAUUACUAUGCAGACCUGGAAACCUCGGCCCGAGAGCUAGAGCAGAACUUGGGCAACUGCCCCGGGGCUGGGGAAGAGAAGUCCCCGGCGGGCCAGGGCCAGGCCUCCACCAUCGCCGGGAAUGGCGAGUUGCUGCUGCAGAAACCAAGCAAGCGCCAGACCAGCCCUGAAGAUGGCCAGGUAGCCACCGUGUCCUCCAGCCCAGAGACCAAGAAGGAUCACCCUAAAACGGGAGCCAAAACUGACUGCGCGCUCCACCGGAUCCAGAACCUGGCGCCGAGCGACGAGGAGUCGAGCUGGACCACCUUGUCGCAGGACAGCGCCUCCCCCAGCUCCCCGGAUGAAACAGAUAUAUGGAGUGACCACUCGUUUCAGACCGACCCGGAUUUACCGCCCGGCUGGAAGAGAAUCAAUGACAUCGCUGGGACCUACUACUGGCACAUCCCCACAGGAACCACGCAGUGGGAGCGGCCUGUCUCUGUGCCAGCCGACCUUCAGGGCUCACGCAAAGGCUCUCUUAGUUCUGUAACGCCAUCUCCCACCCCAGAGAACGAGAAACAGCCAUGGAGUGAUUUUGCUGUUCUGAAUGGGGGAAAGAUUAAUAGUGACAUUUGGAAGGAUUUGCACGCGGCCACCGUUCACCCAGACCCCAGCUUAAAAGAGUUUGAAGGAGCGACGCUACGCUAUGCAUCUUUGAAACUCAGAAACGCCCCUCAUUCUGACGACGAUGAUUCCUGUAGUAUCAACAGUGACCCAGAAGCCAAGUGUUUCGCUGUGCGCUCGCUGGGGUGGGUGGAGAUGGCAGAGGAGGACCUCGCGCCCGGGAAGAGCAGCGUUGCCGUCAACAACUGCAUCAGACAGCUCUCCUACUGCAAAAACGACAUCCGCGACACGGUCGGCAUCUGGGGCGAGGGGAAGGACAUGUACCUGAUCCUGGAGAACGACACACUCAGCCUCGUGGACCCCAUGGACCGCACGGUGCUGCACUCCCAGCCCAUCGUGAGCAUCCGCGUGUGGGGCGUGGGCCGCGACAAUGGCCGGGAUUUUGCUUAUGUAGCAAGAGACAAAGAUACAAGAAUUUUGAAAUGUCAUGUAUUUCGAUGUGACACACCAGCAAAAGCCAUCGCCACAAGUCUCCACGAAAUCUGUUCCAAGAUUAUGGCUGAGCGGAAGAAUGCCAAGGCCCUGGCCUGUAGCGCCUUGCAGGAGAGGACCCACGCGAAUCUCGACGUUCCUUUGCAAGUAGACUUUCCAACACCAAAGACAGAGCUGGUCCAGAAGUUCCACGUUCAGUACCUGGGAAUGCUCCCUGUCGACAAGCCAGUCGGCAUGGAUACCCUGAACAGUGCCAUAGAAAGUCUCAUGACCUCGUCCGACAAGGAGGCGUGGCCGUCGGUGAACAUGAACGUAGCUGAUGCUACUGUGACGGUCAUCAGUGAGAAGAGCGAAGAGGAGAUCUUGGUGGAGUGUCGCGUGCGGUUCCUGUCCUUCAUGGGCGUGGGCAAGGACAUCCACACAUUUGCCUUCAUCAUGGACACUGGCAGCCAGCGCUUCGAGUGCCACGUAUUCUGGUGCGAGCCCAACGCCGGGCACGUGUCCGAAGCGGUGCAGGCCGCCUGCAUGUUGCGGUAUCAGAAGUGCUUGGUAGCCAGGCCGCCUUCCCAGAAGGUGCGGCCGCCUCCCCCGCCGGCAGACUCGGUGACCCGGAGAGUCACCAGCAACGUGAAGCGAGGGGUCCUGUCCCUCCUUGACACUUUGAAACAGAAGCGCCCUGUCCCCGAGACGCCGUAGCGGCCGCGCCCAGCCGCAGGGCCAAGAGCUGCACUCCAGACCCGGGCCUCCCGCUCCGUGGCUGCCGCCUCGUGCGCACGGGCGCGCUCCGCACCAGUGUUAGACAAGCAUGCUCUCUCGUCUUGCUUGCCGCCAUCCUGUGAUAGGAAACGAAGCAUGACUACUUGUUUUUUGCUGUCAGUCAGUCACCUCGCGAGCAGUGGGAGGUCUUUUUCUUACUGUAAAUAUUGUGGACAUCGCUUAAGUUCACGCACGCAGGGAAGAGUGCGGCCACACCGUGCCCCGUGAGCUAGGCACCGGUGCCCGAGGCCGUCCCGCCGGCUCCUGGACUGGCUCUGCCCUGAGGCCGGCCACCUUUGAGUCCUCCAGCACUUGGCCCUGUUGUUAGCCUGGGAGUAGACACUGCGUAGCGGCCACCAUUGUACUGUACAAAUACGAGGAGUCUUUGUUUGAAUUUUUCAUGAAGUUGAACCUGUUGGUUGAGACGUGUGGCUGUUGGCAUCAGUCUAGAAACCGACAGACAGCCUUCCUGGACGAGCUCUGACACACGGACGCCAUUUCAUGUCUACAGCUGUUUGUGGGAUGUUGGAAAAAGUAAAACUCUAAAAUUGAUGAGAAACUAAAUUUGCAAAAAUUAAAGUGGAACAAAAAGUAGCCUUUCUUUUCAGAUGGUUUUCAAACCAAUUAUUUUAAAAGAGAUGAACAAAAUCCAUGCAUUUCGGGUGGGACACAUUUCAAACUUCUGCCUUAUAUUGUACAAUGCAGCUAGAGAAUUAUAUAGUUCACCAAGGCCAUUCUCUACACACACAUGAAAAUGAAAUACUCCUCAUAACCCCUUCAUCCUUAGUUCAACAAUUAGCUAAUAUGCAAUUUCAACCCAAGGAAGUGUCAUUUUAUGUCUUUGGCGUAUCCCCGUGAUGUUAUUUUUGUUAGCCCACAUCCUAGAGGCCAAUGUUAUGCUGGACUUCUGCACCUAGCUCAGUCUUACUCCAAUUUUUUUGUCCAGAAAGCUGUCUGUCCAUCACCUAUUGUCCAUGGCAACAAAUUACCUUAAGUUGAACCUUUCUUCAAUUUGUGUGUUUAAUAAUUGAUAUUUGUUGAAUGCAACUAGAUAUAUUUUAAAAUUUAUUUUUUUUCCAUUUUGCUUUUGAGAUUUAAAAACUUCAUAUCAGAACAAAUAUCCAUAGGGAUCAUGGACUAUUUAAGAAAGUUUCCCAAAAACAGCAUUUUACUGCUUUUUAUGUAGAUAAGAAACUCUAGCUGUAAAGAUACACACAUUUAGACCUGUUGACCUUGUUGUUUUCAAAAGAAAAUCGCUAAGGAUAUCAAUCUCAAUAUUAGUCUCAUUUACUUUUUAAUGUCAGAAUUAACGUUUACAGCAUCUAGUUAGAGUAAUACUUUAUGUUUCUAUAUUGCUAUGUACUUGUCAAAAUGAUUUCCACAUUCUUAUCACAUAUGAGCCUUAUAAAACGGUAGAGAAAGUACCACACUUGAGAAAUUAAAAUAUGAAGUACCAAGAGGCUGAAGCUACUGGCCUACCACCUCCCCAAAGGUAACGAGAGAGCUAGGGCUAGGACACAUGGCUCCCAACCCCUGGUGCUUGCUGGGUGAUGCUGCCCCCAUCCAGUCAGGAAGGGCCCUUCCAAGAUCACUGGGCUUCAGAGUAGACAGAGAAGAGCAGUUUUGAGGAUAGCCAUUGGCGGGCAGUCUCAGAGUUCCCCACUCAGUGUAAGUAGAGAGGUAUGUCCAGCUAGCAAAUGACCCAGCUUGCAGCACGCCUCAGAUGGAUUGCAGAGGACAGGGUUCGACUUCAGCUCAGCCUGUUCCAUCUGUGAGAUUUUCCCGUGGAUGAUGUUCCUUGUGGUAGGCCUUCCUCACUCAUGGAAUUAGCCCCAGAGAACCUGACGCCACCAGCAGGUGGCCUCCUGCCUGCCCUUCCUGCCUGGAACUCCUGGCAGGGGCCUGUGGGGACAGGAAUGGCUCGCUAGCACCUCACGUCAGGACAGAAGUGAUUCUGCUUUAGGAAUGAUUAUACCUCUCUCCAGCUGACACUCUGCUAUCUGACUAACCAGUGCCAUUGCAAGUUUCCCAUUAGGAGACUCCUGACUGCCCUCUGAAAAGCUGUUCAGAAUUCAGUUAGGAUCUUUUGUCUUGAUAUCUACCGCAUAAUGUGUUAGUGUGAUAAACUUCCAAGUUCUAAACAGGAAAUCUACUUUUAUAUUGCAAAUCUCUACCAGAACCCCUUGUUCGGUUUUUAAAAGCAUUUAUUUGUUUGUUUUCAGAAUCAGGAAUACUGAGCUAGCUUUACGUAGCAAACAGAUUUAUAUAUGCAAUUAUGAGAUGCAUUAAGAUGAAUGAUAGCCUUUACAUACUGAAAACUUUACUGCACAUUUUUUGUGUUGAAAAUAGCUUUGCAUACUAAAUGCAAAUUAAUUUUGUAAAAUUAAUUAUGUUAAACGGUAUGUUCGGACACUUUCUGCCAUGGCCAAAAAGUAUGUAUGAAAGUAUGUAUGUAUUUGUCUGUGAAAGGAUGCCAGUGUUUUACCUGGUACCUUAGUGACACUUCAGUUAUCUAUGCAUUCUUUAUAUCUGUGAUGCAGUAAACAGGCAGCCAUGUUCAGUAUGCCUUGUGUGUCUUGGCAUUUUUUUUAAUUAACCUGUUAAAUACAGCUUAAAUAUUUUUAUUUUAUUUAUUCUAUUUUUACUGAAAUAUACUGCAUUGUUGUGUUACUGUAUUCUCUUUACUGGAUAAUUAUCUCACAACCUAUCCAGGUCUGUGUAUUCUCAGUGAACUAUACAUUGCCUAAAAGGUGGUUUUCUAAUGACUUGUAGUCACAUUUCUACUGGAAAAUGUAGAGGAAAAGGCAAAAUGCUCCCUGUUCCUUUUAGUUUUUAAAAGCAGCUAGAUAGACACAGGCCUGCCACCUCAACUGUGUGCUCCUGGGCGGCGCCAAGGGGCCAAGCCAACCUGCCCACGGCUACAGACCUUACUUUGCAGACCCAAGCACUGCGCGGUGCUUCACGGCGAUGCCCUUCAUGGCACGUGUGAGUUCACCUCGGCGCUAGACAUGUCCACGUGCCCUUUGUCUCCCCCGGCUCAAAGAUCAUCCCUGGUUAAUUAGGACCACUGGUUUUUGUCUGUCUGUCUCAUUGCAUGAAGGGACAUUACACCCACCUCCACUUCUUGUUGAUAAACUGUUGGCACUGCUACUUCUUCUAAAAUCCACCUUCUGAGUUUAAGAUAGACACUUACAAGAGUACCCCGUUAAACAAGGCCCGGGACUGGAGGCCCCGGGGUGCCCCUCCUGUCCUCAGAUGACACUCUCAUUUGUAAGCAUUGCAACACAAAUCCAGGACCUCACAAGCAAUGUGAAAAACAUUUCCUGUUAUGAGCACAAUGUAAUGAAUAAAGCCAAGAGCUCUCUAGUGGGCCAGGCUUACGCUAAUCCACGCCUCAUGUGUCAGUCAGUCAAGUUUGAUUUCCCUCCCUCACACUGUAUCCAGGAGAGCAGUCCCUGGCAUCCAGAGCGGCUUGUUCAUCCCCAAAGAAGGGUUUUUCCUUUCUGUCCCUUUGCUGUUGACCAUUUUUACAAAAUGUAAUAUGUUGUGAAAAUAAAUUUAGCUGCAUAAAA